AUGGGGGGCGGCGGCCGACCCGCGCCAGCCGCAGCAGCAGCAACAGCAGCUGCUGCUGCAGCUGCUGCAGCAGCAACACCUGCAGCACCAGCAGCAUCAGCACCUGCAGCAGCAGCAGCGGACGAUGAAACAGCCACAAAGGACUCAGACUCGAAGAGAGAAGAUGCAGCGGAGGCCCACCAAGGCACCAACAGUAGCAGUAGCAGCAACUGUAGCAGCAGCAGCAGCAGCAGCAGUGCCAAUAGUAGUUGUAGCAGCAGCAGCAGCAUGGCGGACAGGGAUGAGGAUCAGCAGAAUGAUCAAAACCCACAGCAGCAGAAGCACCAGGUGCAGCAGCAGGCGCAGCUGCAGCAGGAGCAGCAACUGCAACAGCAGCUGCUGCUGCAGGAGCAGCAGCAGGAGCAGCAGCAGCAUCGGGGUUCGUUUGCAGAUGGAGAAGCAUUUCCUUCUCUAGAGGAACAAAACCGACAGCUGCAGGAGGCUCGAGCCUCGAUGCAGCAGCAGCAGGAGCGAAAGCGGCUGCAGCAGCAACAGCAAAAGCAGCAGCAGCAGCAGCAGCAAGAAGCUGAAGAAGCUGCAGCAGAUGCAGAAGACUUGACCGCUGCAGACGAUGCUUGCUGCAGCUACUGCGGUGUAUCGGGAGCUGAAGUAUUAAUGCGAUGUGAUGUCUGCUCUCGCUUUUUUUGUAAUUCUGCUGUCGGUAAAACCCGAAAAUCGGGGGCUCCUAGCCAUGUGCUGCAACAUGUUAUUCGCAGUAAACAUAGAGAAGCGUUGAGGUGUACGUACACCGCAGGAGAUACAAAGCUCGAAUGUUUUAUUUGCGGAGUUAAAAAUGUCCUGCAACUCGGGAUGCUCAUCUCAGAGGCGCAGAAUGUCGUCGUCAUUGUCUGCAGAGACCGGUGUUAUGCAAGCGGGGUAUUGGAGGAGAAUGGGUGGAAUCCGACGGAGUGGCAGCCCCUCAUUGACAACAAGGCAUUGGCUUCGUGGCUCGCUAGGCCUUUGACGAAUGCUGAGCGAGCGCGAGCACUGCCAGUCAGUCGCGAAGAAAUAGAAGAAAUGGAGCGCAAGUGGAUGGCGGGCGAUAAUGCCAUUUCUGCUGAAUUGGGCAUAGAGGGGGGCGAGCCUCUGCCUUGGUGCAGCGUAAUAUACGAGGACGGGGUUUCUUAUCAGCGCACCUACGCCCCGCUUAUUGCUGCAGAAGCAGACGUAGAAAAAAAACAGUGUGAAGAAAGAGUAGCGACUUCCUGUUGCUGCGCUCAAGGGGAACCGCAGCAACAGCAGCGGCAGCAGCAGCAGCAGCGUAGCAGCAGCAGCAGCAGCAGCAGCAGCAGCAGAUAA